AUAAGAUGCACUGGAACCCGGAGCAUGCCCAGUCCCUCAGCCAGUCCCUCAGCCAGUGGCCUGAGCAGCACCUGGAUGUGUCCUCCACCACCUCCUCACCGGCCCACAAGUCUGAGCUUUACGCCGCUGGCCGCGCCCACGGGCGAGGUGGCUCCGCCCACGGCUACGCCUGGGCCAAUGAUGACAUCUCAGCCCUCACCGCCUCCAACCUGCUGAAGAGCUACGCAGAGAAGUACUGUGAUGUUCUAGACUUGCCAUACGACCGUCCACCGGGGUCCACUGUAGGGACCUACCCAGAGCCAGGGGCUUUCGGGAGCCUUAUUGGCCUCAAGACUGAGCUGGAACCCUGGCCCCUGAGCCACAGUGCAGAGGGGCUCUACCCCGGGUCCCUGGACGGUCUGUCGGGCCCGAAGGCCGGGGCCACAUCAGCAGGGCCACCAGGGGCCAGCAAUAUGUCGGGGGUCAACAGUAACCUCUCAGAGUCUUGUUAUAGUGGUAGCAGCUCCUCCUCUGGCUCUCACUCAGGUGACUACAACCGCCCCAGCUACAACGGUACCUACGUCUCGCCUGGCUACUGCCCCCAGCCCCCCUCAGCACUGCCCCCUGCCUCCCUCCAACACCCCCUCCAGCCCACACCCACCCUGUUGCCCAGCUACUCCCUCUCCACCUCGGUCUACAACUACCCCUCCAGCAGCUACCCCCACCAGCCCGGCCUGGGCCCCACCUACAGCCACCCCUCUGGAGGGUACUUACCCCCAGGGCUGGCCGCCCCCACUCCCCUCCCCUCCCGUCCCACCGUGGUCGGGGGUAGCUACGGCUACCAGGAAUCCGGAGGUGGGUUGAAGAGGAAGGCGUUUGAGAUGUCAUUAGACGAGGAGGAGGAUGGCUCUAGAUACAGUAAGUAUACAGGCUACGACCCAGUGAAGCCCGGAGGAGGGGACUCUCUCUCUCCCUACAGAGUGGGAGAUAAAGAAAACAGUGGCUUCACCACAGGCAGCACAGAUCCCCAGGCCUUCAAGCCCAGUAAGCCCUCCUCCCAGCCCCUCGUGUCCCCUCCGUACAGGGUGGCUUUAGCAGGGGACUACAGCCCACCAGCAGGGAUGACUGGGGAGAACGUAGGAGGAGGAGGGGGGUCAGAGAACCAGGGCUUCAUCCAACAGCAGCACCACUCCUCCCUGGCCCACAACAAUAAACUCCCCUCUCUGCAUGGCCAGGGACAGCCUGGGUCUGGACCAGGGGAGUCGGGCAGCCUGAAGAGCCCAGACCGCAGGCUUCUGGAUCUAGUCAACGGGGAGGUGCUGGACUGUAGCCCGGCACUGCUAUGGGGGGAGCUGGCUGGGCUGACCCACGUCAAGGCUGCCCUGGAGGAGGAGCUGCUGUGGCCCUGUCUUAGGCCCAGCCCCGCUGUCCGCCCCCCAGCCACCGUUCUGUUAUUCGGCCCCCGGGGAGGCGGGAAGACCACCCUAGCACGCUCCAUGGCCUCCCAGCUUGGGGCCUCCUUCUAUAGGCUCAGCGGGGCCAUGUUAGCCUCUAAAGGCAAGGCUGAGGCUGAGGGGAUCCUGGGGGCCACACUGCAGGUGGCGGGGUCGAGGCAGCCCUCCGUGGUGCUGCUCAGUGAGGUGGAGGCUAUGGAGAAGGAGGAGGGGCUGAGGCAGGUGUUGCUAUCUGCCCUGGAGAAGGCCCAGAUGGAGUUAGGGUCGGCGGGAGCUGGGCUGGUGAUCAUGGUGUGUGCCACCGGUAGGCCGGACCUGCUCCAGGAUGCUGUGCAUCGGAGCUUCGCCAAGCGCUACCACGUGGGCCUGCCAGAUGCUUUUUACACAAAGCCGAGUUGAGCGCAACGUGCAUCUCGAUAGUGAGUUAGGAUUCCAUCCAAAGAUCCUGGUUAUUCGUUAUACAAGACAUAAAUCAGUAAUGUGUUGUCAAGGUGACAUGGUCCAAGGAAAUGGAUAAUCAGGGUCCUGUUCAUGAGGCACCAAACAAAAUAAAACAUACAGAAACAGGGAAGGAACAACCUGGAUUUGUCCAAUAACAAAAACGUAUUUUUGAUUUCCGUUGCAAAACAGACAAUAGGGGCAGGACUACCUGGACUCGUCCAACAUAGAACACACAUUUUUGUUUUCCAUUGCAAAUCUUUUUAAAACGUUUGCCCUAAUGAACAGGACCCAGGGUUGGGAGAACCCCCUGUCGACUGACUGCUACUCUCAGGACUUUAUUCAUUACCAGUCCUCUCCUGUGGGGUUUUAGAUGUCAUUACCUUAUUCAUUACCAGUCCUCUCCUGUGGUGUUUUAGAUGUCAUUACCUUAUUCAUUACCAGUCCUCUCCUGUGGUGUUUCAGAUGUCAUUACCUUAUUCAUUACCAGUCCUCUCCUGUGGUGUUUUAGAUGUCAUUACCUUAUUCAUUACCAGUCCUCUCCUGUGGGGUUUUAGAUGUCAUUACCUUAUUCAUUACCAGUCCUCUCCUGUGGGGUUUUAGAUGUCAUUACCUUAUUCAUUACCAGUCCACUCCUGUGGUGUUUUAGAUGUCAUUACCUUAUUCAUUACCAGUCCUCUCCUGUGGUGUUUUAGAUGUCAUUACCUUAUUCAUUACCAGUCCUCUCCUGUGGUGUUUUAGAUUUCAUUACCUUAUUCAUUACCAGUCCUCUCCUGUGGUGUUUUAGAUGUCAUUACCUUAUUCAUUACCAGUCCUCUCCUGUGGUGUUUUAGAUGUCAUUACCUUAUUCAUUACCAGUCCUCUCCUGUGGGGUUUUAGAUGUCAUUACCUUAUUCAUUACCAGUCCUCUCCUGUGGUGUUUUAGAUGUCAUUACCUUAUUCAUUACCAGUCCUCUCCUGUGGUGUUUCAGAUGUCAUUACCUUAUUCAUUACCAGUCCUCUCCUGUGGGGUUUUAGAUGUCAUUACCUUAUUCAUUACCAGUCCUCUCCUGUGGUGUUUUAGAUGUCAUUACCUUAUUCAUUACCAGUCCUCUCCUGUGGUGUUUCAGAUGUCAUUACCUUAUUCAUUACCAGUCCUCUCCUGUGGUGUUUCAGAUGUCAUUACCUUAUUCAUUACCAGUCCUCUCCUGUGGUGUUUUAGAUGUCAUUACCUUAUUCAUUACCAGUCCUCUCCUGUGGUGUUUCAGAUGUCAUUACCUUAUUCAUUACCAGUCCUCUCCUGUGGUGUUUCAGAUGUCAUUACCUUAUUCAUUACCAGUCCUCUCCUGUGGUGUUUUAGAUGUCAUUACCUUAUUCAUUACCAGUCCUCUCCUGUGGUGUUUCAGAUGUCAUUACCUUAUUCAUUACCAGUCCACUCCUGUGGUGUUUUAGAUGUCAUUACCUUAUUCAUUACCAGUCCUCUCCUGUGGUGUUUCAGAUGUCAUUACCUUAUUCAUUACCAGUCCUCUCCUGUGGUGUUUUAGAUUUCAUUACCUUAUUCAUUACCAGUCCUCUCCUGUGGUGUUUUAGAUGUCAUUACCUUAUUCAUUACCAGUCCUCUCCUGUGGGGUUUUAGAUGUCAUUACCUUAUUCAUUACCAGUCCUCUCCUGUGGGGUUUUAGAUGUCAUUACCUUAUUCAUUACCAGUCCUCUCCUGUGGUGUUUUAGAUUUCAUUACCUUAUUUUAUCACCUUUUUUAGCAUCAUUAUUGGUCAUUUGGGUGUGAAAAGAGCUUAGGAUCUAUUUUAAUAAUUUUUAUUUUUUUUUACCCAAAAAUAUCAAUAGUAGCUCAUCGUUUCUUAUGUGUUAUUGACUUAAAACAUAGCUUCUCACCAAAAUCAUGACAUCCUGACCAUUACUAUAAUCAACUUCAAAACGUUGAAAUGGAACGUAUUGGUCAUGAGACUGGGCUGUAUUUGAUUAUAGACUGGGUGGUUCGAGCCCUGAAUAUUGAUUGGCUGAAAGCCGUGAGACUGUAUACCACGGGUAUGACAAACAUUUAAUUUUACUGUUCUAAUUACGUUAGUAACCAGUUUAUAAUAGUAAUAAGGCACCUCGGGGGUUUCUGGUAUACUGUAUGGCCAAUAUGCGUUGCGUAUUUCCUAAGAACAGCCCUUAGCCGUGGUAUAUCGGCCAAAUACCACACGGGCCUUAUUGCUUAAAUAUACAACACUAUAAUUCAAAGACAUAAGCAUAAUGUCCACACAUUUAUUUGAA